CAUUUUAUUUUAUUUAACACACUACUGCACUCUUUACUCCGCAGUUUGUCUUGUUUGGUUUGUCUGCCGCCUAGCAGCCGCAAAAGACUUGCUAACAUGACAUUAAUGGUGCAGUUGAUGAAUUACGACAACGCUCACUGUAUACUAUUCUAUACCCAAACCUUCGAAUUUCCUUCCCCGCGGAAAUGACUCUGCACAUUGUGCAGCGUCGCACUGGCGUGCUGCGAAUCUCCCUUUUUCGUGGUUGGGCUCUUCCUCGUCGCAACCUCAUUCCCGCCCCGCACGCCAACUCGGGCCCUUUAAUGGAACGACGAGCGGAUCGAGACCUUCCCUCUGUCAAUAAAGACCGACGAUGGAUGCGGACAUUACCUAUAUUCGCUAUUGCCGUAGGCGCUGCGAUGCUAGGGAUUUUCAACUAUCAGAAGUCGUCGUCAAGCGUGGUCAGCAGUACUCUCUACGCUCUUCGCACUUCGCCGCGUGCUCGUGAGAUUCUAGGCGACGAGAUUUACUUUGCUCAAAAAAUACCGUGGAUUAGCGGGGAGAUGAAUCAGCUACAUGGGCGUAUCGACAUUUCCUUCGGGGUCAAGGGAACCAAAUCUCAGGGUAAAAUGAGGUUCCGAAGCAUCAGGCCAGACCGAAUGAGCUAUUUUCGCACUGAGGAGUGGAGUCUUGAGAUGGAGGAUGGCACAAUCGUUCAGCUACUUGACAGCGAAAGUGACCCAUUUCGUCAAAGUGGCUAGGUGAAUGAAUGAGAUCAUAAUGUCAGUGAAGGCAAGACCGAUGGGAUACUCAUUGAAGAGAAAAAGAAAGAUAAAAGGAUAUCAUUUAUGUAUCAUAUACAGACGCCGCUUUGUAAAACAGGAUAAUGUAAUAGUACAUUUUCA